AUGGGUGCCUACAAGUAUAUGCAGGAGUUAUGGCGAAAGAAACAAUCGGAAGCGAUGCGAUACUCGUUGAGGAUUCGAUGCUGGCAAUACAGACAAAUGUCUGGCAUUCACCGUGCUCCCCGACCCACCCGGCCCGAGAAGGCUCGUCGUCUCGGAUACCGUGCCAAGCAAGGCUACGUUGUUUACCGUGUUCGCGUUCGUCGUGGUGGUCGAAAGCGUCAAGUCGUUAAGGGACAAACGUACGGAAAACCGAAAACCCAUGGAGUGAACGAAUUGAAAAAUCAACGAGGACACCAAGCUGUUGCUGAGUGCCGUGUCGGUCGUCGUUGCGGUGGUUUGCGCGUGCUUUCGAGCUAUUGGAUCGGUCAAGAUUCCACUUACAAAUUCUUCGAAGUGAUUCUCGUCGAUCCAGCUCAUAAAGCAAUCCGCCGAAACCCUGACACUCAAUGGCUGACAAAAGCCGUUCACAAACACAGAGAGAUGCGCGGUUUAACCUCAGCUGGAAGAAAAUCCCGUGGACUCGGCAAAGGACAUCGAUUCUCAGCCACUCGCGGUGGAUCACAGGCAAAGAAUUGGCUCCGCAAAAACACGAAAGUUCUCCGCCGCAAACGU